GUUUAUGUUUACCCACCCCCCGGGGCGCUAGACACGCAAUGUGCGGCCUCCCGGUCCACGGAGGAGCCGCCGGGCGCUUUCAGCAAAGCGCUUCCAGCACCAUGCCGCUGCCCCCGGACCCAUAGUACACAUAGAACAAGAUGGUGCGCCUCGGCGGCCAGUCCGGUGUAGGCCGGGCCUGCGACGCCAUUAAACGAAGGGCGAAGAAGCUCCUGAAGAAGUUUGGCGUGGUGCAGGAUGAGCACAAGACGCGGAGAUACUUGGGCGGCAUGCGGCCGGACAAAUAUUACGAUUCCGUGAUCUGGCGCGAUUUAGGAGAAACUCUACAAAUCCUAGGCUUCACCUACGAUUCGGGGUUCGACGUCUUCUCGGCGUUCAUCGACAUUGACGACGACAACAGCGGCGAGGUUGGAGUGAGUGAGUUCCACAAGUGGCUCGGGUUCCCUGCAACUAAAUUUUCAGAGCGGGUCUUCGGGAUUUUAGAUAUGGACGGCUCGGGGCAGUUGGAUUUUCGCGAGUUCAUGAUUGGGGUCUGGAACUGGAACACGUACGACGCGACGGGCAUCACGAAGCUGGCCUUCAACACGAUGGACGUCCGCGCCCGGCGUCCUGUCUGCUCGAUGGCGUCACUGAUUGAUAACAACACAGGUCGACCAGAAGGGUGCUAUCGACUUGCAUGAAGCGGACGCCAUGCUGCGCAUGGUCUACGCUAGUCGUAAAGCGGACCCGCUACUCCUGACGCAGAUUGACAUCAAUGGGGACGGCGAGGUCUCGAUGGAGGAGCUCCAGCAAACGGUUGAAGAGGACAAUUCCGUGCUCGCGCCGGCCUUUCAAUUACAACGAAUGCUGCGCCAGCGCAUUUUGGGGGUACGGUACUGGGAGCAGGAAACUCUCAGGAGGCAGACGUACUUCGCGGGCUACGACUCGGGGACCACUACGUCCUGGGACGCCAUCCGGGAUAUCCUGGCCAUCAAGCAUCGGGAGCGACUCGAGGAAGAAGAACGGCAGCGCCGCUUGAAGGAAAUGGAGGAGGAGCAACGGCGCCAGGAGAAGCUCCAAAAAGAACUAAAAUUCAAGGAGGAGAUGGUGUGUAUACGGCGUCCUGUGAUUGCCACGCCAUCGAUUGUACCCCACGCAGGCCGCGAGGAAGGCCAAGCGAGCGGAAGAGAAGCGUCGCCGACUCGAGACGCCGGAGAUCCGAGCCGCGCGCGAAGCGAGAGAGGAACUGGAAAAGUGUAGCGCCGAGCGCGACGAGGAGUGCAUCUACGCGGAUUUGGCGCGAAGAUUAGAUUUGAGGGAGCGGUACUGGACGGCCUUCGAGACCUGGAUCAGGUGCCAGCGAGUUGUCGAGCAGAUGAAGUGCGACAAAAAAUUGAGGUUGGCGGUCGGGCCCGACGUCCAGAUCAAGGUCGACGAGGACAUUGUCACGGCCGAAGGGUAUCAAGAUCUGAAGCGGGAGGUGCUGGUGCUGUACACGAUGGAGCACAGUGACUACUUGUAUCAACGGGACUGGUGCGGCGACGCGUGGUUCGCCUCGCUCAUGAUCCGCCCGCCCGUCGACGAGUUCGAUGAUGCGUAUGAGCCGACCUGGGUCGCGAGACAAAGCAUCAAGUUCGCCAAGCCUUGGACGAAGAAACGACUCGCGAAGAAGGCGCGCGAGCUCAUGGUCGACGACCUGCGCGAGCGGGAAGAGUUGCGAGUGCAAGAAGAAAAUGAAGAACAUAUGCAGAAAUUUGAAGAUGAUUGUAGAAAAAGACGGAACGAGGAGAUUGGUGGUUAUGGCAAGCCUCGCAGUAGGUGGGAGCGGCUCUGGGACGCGGACGAGGGCAAGCCCUACUGGCACCAGUGGGAGACGCGCGAGUCGGUCUGGGACAAGCCGUGCGUCUGCCACGUUUGUGAUAGUAACAUACCAGUAGAUGAUACGAUGUGCUUUAAAUGUAAAAACAAACGGUCGGAGUUCAAUCAGAAGAUCUACGACGACAACCACAAGAAGAUAGACUACGCGGCCUUCCUGGCGGCGGGCGGUGUCGAUGACGAGUCCACGAAACAGGAACAACAGGAAGAAGUUGUAGAUGUUCGGGAAAUGGAUGAUGAUGAUGGGCCGCCGACGCUGUACCAAAGGUACCUCAAGAAACAUGUCGUGUUUUUGAAGAAAAAAAUGACAUUAACAACCGUACAACCGGUCAUCGACAAGGUCAAGGAGAAGUUCAACGACCGCGUAGAUAUGAUUUAUGAUACCUAUGUCCCGGCGUAUUUCAAGAUGGACAAACGCGAUUACGAGAUCAGGAGGAGGCGGUGGCGCGAGUGGCGCCAGAAGUGGAUCAAGCGCAUGGGGCUGGCGGCGCGUCCCAAACGAAAAGUGAUGCCCUGGCACGAACAAGAUGAAGAAGAUGAAGACGGGCUGCGGCGGUCUAGGCCCUCUCUAGCUGCUCAACGGCGGUCGUUUGAAGAGACGGGGUUCAAGGGCGGGCGCGGCGACGACUAAGGUGUUUUGUUUAGUA